AUGAAAUCUAAGCAUGCAAUACUCAUGGAGAGAAUUCUUGAUCGAUACGAGAGAUGUUCAUACGCCGGUCAAGAUAUUCCUGCACCAAGUUUGGAUUCACAGGGUGAGUGUUCAACAGAGUGUUCAAAGCUCCUGAGGAUGAUUGAUGCUAUGCAAAGAAGCCUAAGGCACUUAAAAGGGGAAGAGGAGAAGGAACUUAAAGAACUGAAGAAACAGCUAACAAAGAAGGUUGAUCAAAGAGAGGACUUUGAGCCGCAAAACCUCAGCCAAGGCUUAGCCUCUUUGGCAAUGCAGCCGCCAUGUGAGCCACCGCACCCGUUGCCUCCACCUAUAUCUCCUCCUCCUCCUCCUUUAUCUCUUAGGGACACAUCGCAAAGUUUUGAAGCUGGAGAAGUAGAUGCCGGAACCCUAACUCGGCCGACCAACUUAACGCUGCCGCAUUGGAUGCCCCGUGUCACCGAAGAAUAG